ACGCAGAACCGACGCUGGAGGGAGAUUUGAGAACCGCAUGGAAGACAGUCGACCCUGACAAGACAACUUUACUGAAUGGUUUAUUUUCUGUAGUUUUUGUCAUAUUUGAUCUUUUUGCACCAUGGAUGCAAACAGCGACAUAAAAACCACACCCAGAGGAUAUCACUGUACUUUGUGCAACGUUAACAUACCAAACCAGCCGAGCCUGGAGCAGCACGUAAAGGGCCGUAAACAUCAGACUCUGAGCACCGUCCGCUCCACCAGGAAGACUCAGGAGGAACGCAGUGUGUUUGUCAGUGGCCUCAAGCCUCACAUCUCCCAGACGGAUCUGGCUGAGUACUUCCAACAGUUUGGACCCGUGGCAGAUGUCAUCAUGGAUAAAGAUAAGGGUGUUUAUGCCAUUGUGCAGUUCGUUGAGCCAGACAGCAUAGGGUCAGCUCUGUCCUAUGAUGAACAUAAGAUGAAGGGCCUGAAGCUGCGGGUCAAACCCAGGGAUAAAAAGGAGUUCAAGCUAAUUCCUAAGAAGAAGAAUGACUCCCAGAACCUCCAACAAGCUUUUGACCGGCUCAAACCUGAACUCAUCCAGCUGACAUCGGUGAAUGCACAGAUGCACUACAUUAUGGAACGAUUCCAGCUCGGAGAAAAUGAAAAGAAAGCCAGAGAUUUACUGAUCCAACUCCUGCAAGAGGUUUUUGUCGAGUUUUUUCCGGACAGUAAAGUUCUGCCGUUUGGUUCAUCUGUGAACACGUUUGGGAUCCACUCCUGUGACUUAGACCUGUUCCUGGACCUAGAAAAUACCAAGGUCUUCCAGGCCCAUGCCAAGUCUACAACAGAACAGCCAGGAGAGGGCAUGUCAGAUGACGGCCGCUCAGAAGACUCCAUUCUGUCUGAUAUCGAUCUGUCCACAGCAUCUCCUGCCGAAGUUCUGGACCUUGUAGCAGCCAUCCUGAAACGCUGCGUCCCCAGCGUCCACAAAGUCCAAGCGGUCAGCAGCGCUCGUCUCCCCGUUGUCAAGUUUCAUCACCGUGAGCUGAACCUUCAGGGCGACAUCACCAUUAACAACAGACUAGCAGUACGGAACACUCGCUACCUCCAGCUGUGUUCGGCGGUGGAGGACAGGCUGAGGCCUCUGGUUUACACGGUCCGCUACUGGGCCAAGCAGAAACAGCUGGCAGGUAAUCCCAGCGGUGCUGGCCCUCUGCUCAACAAUUACGCUCUGACGCUGUUGGUUAUCUUCUACCUCCAAAACUGUGAACCUCCUGUCCUCCAUACAGUGGACCAGCUCAGAAGCAUGGCCUGUGAGGAGGAGGAGUGUAAGAUCGAGGGCUGGGACUGCACCUUCCCCAGUCUACCUAUUGCCGUGCCCCCCAGCAAAAACACCCAGGACCUCUACCUCCUGCUCGCUGGUUUCUUCUCCUUCUACGCAAAGUUUGAUUUUGCCAGUAGUGUCAUUUCACUCAGGGAUGGACGGGCACUGCCGAUCACAAGCUUCCUCAGUCAGAGCGAAGAGGGCGAGGCCAUGGAAGUAGAGCCACCACAGAAGCAGCAUCAGACCGGUCCAAAACUCGGCCCCCUGACUAUUUUGGACCCCUUUGAGCUUUCCCACAAUGUAGCUGGAAACCUGAACGAACGCUCUCAGCGCAGUUUUCAGAGAGAGUGUCAGGAGGCUGAGAAGUACUGCCGCAGUCUGCAGUACCAGAGCAAGUCCACCAAGGGGAAGUCCUGGGGGCUAGUGCGCUUGUUCACCCCCCAUGGGGACGUCCCACACACCAAAGCAGAGCAGCUGACCAUCAGUAUUCCCUUCAAGUGCGAGACGCUCCCAGAGGGGCUGCGUAAUGAGCUGCGCACGGCAGGGGACGCCUUCCGGCCGCUGUGGUUUCAGAGGGUCUGUUCUGCUGUGGAGGAAGUUUUCCAGAAUGUUCUCAGGUGUCACCUCGUCUCUUCUACAGAGGCUGUGGGUGGAGGUGAAGACAUGGAGAGUUCCUCAGCCUCCCUCCACACAUCACUGAAUGACAGCUGUGACAGUGUAGAACCCCACAGUGAAAGCAGCCCCCCAGGCACAGCAGCGGUCGGAGCCAAGAGGACGCUGUCGUCCGGCAGUGACGAGUCUCCUCAAGGCAAAAAGCCAAGGCUGGCAAAAAGGAGCAGGCCUGCAUGUCCUCACUGGGUCUGGGAGCAAAAGCACACAGUGUGGGCUGGGAGGAGGAAAGUGAGGAGGGAACUGAUCAAGGAGACUGACUCGAGCUCAGAGGGCAGCUGCAUGGAGCUGGAGUCCCAGGUCACCGCUCUGAUCGUUGAAAAGGAGCCAGAGCUUAAAGAAACGCUGGAGUUCAAGGUUCAGCCACAGAUGGUCGGAGCAACCGAAAGCACAAGCACACUGCUCAAGUUUGAACCAACCCACGACAGAACUGGUGUUUUCCAAGACUUCUUUCAUUUCUUGGAAGCUUUCUUACCAAAGAUGGUGGAGACAUUGUUAAAGAGAAAUGAAAUGGGUCAUGUUUAAAAUGGAACCGACUCAGAUCUUGUUUUCUUUUUUUGGAUCUAAGAUGGCAUCAUCACAGAGGAGAGUAGCUUCAUACUGUUUCUAUUGUAAAUAGAGGCUGAAUUGAAAUUUUUUUAUGUACUAUAGUUAUUGUUGUGAGUUUGUGUUUAUGAGAAAAAGCCUAGUUCAAUGUUUGAGACCUGGUUUGGUUUUAAGUUUCUGUUUAAACCUUGAUGAAGCUUUGAAAGGAACGUCAGUGGCAGACUAUUACAGAUGUUGUUUACACCAGAUGUAUAAAAGACACUUUUGUCAAACUCUGCCUGAUUCUGUUCACAGACUUAAUGAUGAGUCACAAUAAUGUAUCAAACCAUCAGCUUUUAAUAAAACAUCACUAAUUGUGAUUUGA